UGGCGACCUCGGACCACGUAGUGUCUAGGCUCGUAUUCAGACGUGAGCCUCCAGAACGGCCUCUGGAUACGCGGCUGGGUUGGAGGAGUACAGUCGGCGUUUGAGCUGUCCAAUCGCCAAAGAUAGGGCUGGAAUCAUUGGAAUUGCCGUCUUAGGAAGAGUGUGAACCAACUCAUAUUCUAGGAUUUGAAAGACUUGGUAAUUUUGGCGUUGAAAAUGUCAGGGUUGGAUAUUCUCAUCGUUGGUGCAGGCCUUGGUGGACUAGGUGCUGCCAUAGCCUUGCGUCUCGCUGGGCAUAAUGUGACUGUUCUCGAGUCCGCACAGGAGAUUGGGGAGGUUGGAGCAGGUAUCCAGGUGCUACCGAACAGCAGCAAAGUCUUGCAGUCAUGGGGCAUCUUCGACAGGAUAGAUCCGGCUAGACUUUGUACGACGGAUGCGUGCAACAUCCUGGAUUGGAAGGGAAAGCUCAUCUCUUCGAUGGACUUUGGACCGCCAGCCGAGAAAUAUGGCUCUCCUUUCUAUGAUCUUCAUCGCGCCGAUUUGCACAAAGCACUCUUCGACAGAGCAGUGGAACUAGACGCACAAGUACACGUCAACUCUGCAGUGACGGACGUGCGGUUCGAUGCUGAGCAGAAUGUCGCAUUUGUCACCACAAAGGACGGAAAGGUCCGGCAGGCAGACCUUGUUGUUGGUGCGGACGGACUGCAUUCUCAGUGUCGCAAGUUCAUUUUGGGAAAGCAAGAUUAUCCCCGUCGCACUGGGGACAUGGCCUAUAGGCUCUUGCUCGACGGAGAUGAAAUCAGAGCAGAUCCUGAUUUGAGACCAAUCUUGGAAGACCGGGCUGUAACUUAUUGGUACGGUCCAGGAGCACAUGUUGUCACAUAUGCACUUCGCAAAACUAAAAUGUUGAACCUUGUUCUCCUGGUCCCUGACGACAUGCCGGAAGACGGUCCUUCGACAUUAGAAGGCGAGGUUGAAGAAAUGCAGAAUCUGUUCAAGGAGUGGGAUCCAAGAAUCGUGAAGAUGGUGGCAAUGUGCAAAUCAGUCUUGCGGUGGCGGCUAUGCAUCUGGGAUCCGAUAGAUACCUGGGUGCAUCCGAGCGGUAAUAUGGUUCUGCUUGGUGAUUCAGUCCAUGCCACUCUGCCCUACUUGGCCAGCGGGGCGGGGAUGUCUUUCGAGGACGGCGCAGUGCUCGGCCUGGCCCUCACUGGGAUCAAGAAAACGUCUCCCAUUGAAGACCGGCGGAAAGCGUUGGCCGUAUAUGAGUCAUGCCGGCUCAAACGCACAAACGCAAUUGUCACACGCGGAAACGUACAGCAAGAUCUGAAUCACUUAGACGAUGGACCCGAGCGAGAUGCCCGAGAUGAGAAGAUGCGAGCAUUCGCCAAAUUGGAGGAACAACAUCAACAGGGCAAACCGGUUGAUUGGGGCACACUGAAACGAGGAGAAGACCCUCUUGUCUGGCGGACAUUUGGUGUUGGAGAGUGGCUGUUACCGUAUAUGCCCAAAGAGGAUGUACGGCAGCAAUGGCAAAAAGGUGCCACGAUAAAUGCAGGAACCAUGGAGACGGCGCAUUUGUAGCAUAGCGAGUAUGAACCCCGAAUUUCC